UAGCUUUUUUAUACCUUAAAUCGUAGAAAUUGUAUUUUUUCCAGUAUAGUAGACCGUCAAUGUGGUAGUCAAUGUUUGCCUGCCCAGAAUAUGUCUAUUAGCAGGAACGUCCUAUAAAUAGCACUCCCUGUUGUGUUUGUGAAGUGAGGGGAGAAGCACCUCUUCGGUCUGUCUGGUUGGUCAAGUAUAGCUAGUUAGAUGCAACAAAAACUGGUAAGGAAAGACAAGAAGCAAGCUGGUGAGGAAUAUUGAUAGCAAAAAGAGAUGUCAACACAAAAGGGUUUAAAUAAUGAAGAGGAAAGUACAGAAGAAAAUGGUUUGGAAGAAAAGCCAGUUGGAAAAGAGUUUAAAUGUAGUACAGAGUGCCAGGAGGAUAUGCAGUUUGAUUCAGUAUUAAAUCUUGGACAAUUACCAGAAGAGGCAUCGGGUUUUUCCACUGUUGUUAAUACAACAGUGGCAUUUGAAGAUGCCUUUGAUAUAAGACCACCAGAAAAAACACCAACGCCAAGUCAUAUCUUCCAAUUGAUGCAUAAUUAUGGACCACAGAUUGUUCCAAAUGAUAUCAGGAAUGAAAUGUGGACAGCCACGAAGGCAGACUUGCAGGAAAUGAUUUCUAAUGGUUUGAUUCCCCAGGAUACGAUGGACUCAGCGGGGAUAGACCCGGAAUCCUAUGAGCACUUCAUGGAUUGCGUCACAGAAAUUCGAGAAAAGAUCUGGGAGGAGGAAUUACGGACAGCAUUGAGUAUUCUACGUGGUGCCAGACGUAUUUUCUCCGCUUCUAAUGACGCUGAUCUCCGGCACGUUUUUUGUGGACCACCUAUUGAAGUGCUGGCCGAUAUUUACUAUGAUGGCAUCGGAGUCUUGCCCAAGAACCAAAUGACUGAGGACCCUUUCCAUCAUUCUCUUUUUUCAGAUAGAUUGUUUGACGAGCAGGACCGUUCCCAGGAUUUUCGAUGGGGAGGUGCGUUUUGAGAGCGUCCGCACCCUCUGCACCCUAUGAGCCUGGACGAGUAGGUCUACAAUAAUACACAGUACUUCUGAAGCUCAAGAUAUUUGUGAAAUUGGAAAAACAUAUUUUAAUUACAGGACAAACAAUGAUGUAUAUAAUAUGUUAUGGGCUUUAAUUUACAGUAUGUACUACUUAAAGAAACGUCAGGGUUGCUCUAAUGUACACAGCAAUUAAAAAUGCAAUUUCAAUAUGUAUUUUAAAAGAAAAGUUUAAGCUGUUGGUCCUAUUUGCAAUAUGGCAAUGUAAUGUGGGGGGGGGGGGAGAAGACAACAUGUUUGUCUAAAGAAAGGAUGGGAUUACACCCAAGUCAAUAGUGUACAAACACAUUUUAAGGGGUUGAAGAGUAAAACAAACUUAUUACAAUAAUUACAAAAGUACUGUUACAGUAGGCCUAAUGUGGAAUUGCCAUUCUUACAGUAUAUGCUUGUUUAUAUUCAUAAACCAUCUCUUGUAUUUUAAACAGAAAGGAUUCUUU